AUGGAAAAUUUUGACACUAACUCCCUCCCUCCGUUAGUAAACAAAAAAAUUUUGUUCACUCACGGAGGGUUAAAUUUUUUUUUCGAAAUUUAAAAAAAUCCUAAUUUGCUAAAAUUGGGAAGCAAAUAUUAAUUUAAUUUAUUAAAUUUAUGUUUUAAAAACGCAAUUUGUUCAAAAUUAAACAGAAUUAUCUCUAGAUUUCAUUAUACUAAUUAUCACUUAUAUAUCAAAACUUUUUUCCAUUAAAAAUUUUUCUAUUAAAAAAAUUUUUGUUCACUACGGAGGGUGGGUUUUUGGCAAAAAAUAGCGAUUUUUCUAAUGGUUUUGUUCACUCACGGAGGGGGGGAGUAAGUGAAUUGAGAUGCUAGAGUAUCGUUUCUCAAAUCUAAUAGUUCCAUUAGAUCAGCCGAUACUCCUAUCAAACUCUUACUCACUGCAAGAAUACCAGCUCACCCACAAAUUUUCUUCUUCCUCAAACGCAUUUCUUGGCAAUGACCUCGAAGGUAAUCGCCAUCAUAUAAAAGUUGUCCACUGCAAAUGCUAUGAUCAUUUAAAAGAGAAUUUUCAGUGAAUCCAAAAUCUCCAAAAGUCUAAAGAAGCGUGAAAAAUUGUGGAAGUUCAAGAUUUAUUUGAGGUUUAUGACGAAGACUCAUGAUUACUUAUUAUUGUAAGUGAGUUUAUUGAGUGUCUUUCAUUAGAAGAGUUAUCACAAAUAAUGAAAAUUGAGAAUAUUUAUAGUUAUUUGCCUAAAGAAGCAUCGAUUUAUUUGUAUUUAUAUCUAUUAGAUAUAAUUCAGGCAUCCCAGAGCCAAAAUAUCUGCCUUAAAAGCAUUUUUCCUGACUCGGUUUUGGUUAUAAGAGAGCUGCCUACAAAAUCUCGCUCAGUUAUUUAUACAUCAAAUUAUUCAUAUAGUGUCAAAAUUUCGGUAACUACUAAACAUUCAUUGGAAUGCGGAAAAUCAAAACUUGAUAAAAUUUACCCUGAUGAGAAAAUCAAUAAAACUUUAGCUGGAGAACUAUGAGGAUUAGGAUUAUGCUUAUAUUCCUUAGCAGGCAUCAAGGAUUUAUCAGAGUUGCCAGUUCUUAGAGACCUUGAAAAUAAUGAAAAAUAUGAAAAUUUAGAAAUUCGAUUUGAAGACCCUGCAUUAGAAUCUUUAUUAUUCAGCUCUUUUAAUGGUAUCGACAACGCGCCUUUUGACAACAAAAUAAUCCAAAUAUGGAAAGGCUUAUGGCUGAACGACUGAAAUUUAUUAAAUAAUUGCACUUUUAAAGACCUUGACGGCUUGCAUUCAGGGCUCCUUUUUGAAUCUCCUCACGCUAGAUUCCGCAGCCUAAAAAAAAUUUUAUUAAUUUCUGAUGAAGACGACCAUUCUGCUGAAGUUGCUUAUUAUUUAAACAGCUACAAAUUAUUACCAAUUUUCUUGCAAAGGUGCAUAAAAUACGAUUGAAAAGAAUCCUCACAGCUUAUGAACGCGGUUUUUAAGAUUCUGCAAGACAAAGCAGGUGAAAAUAAUGAAUAUUUAAUUGAAAUUGGGGUGCUAGAAAUAUUGGACGUAGCCAUGAAGUUAUCAUUGGAAAAUCGUGAUAUUUUAUAUGAUUUUAUAAAUAGGUUUACAUAUUCCAAUACUUUGACCCCUCUUCAAAUUGUCUGGGAAAGCGGAUUAAAUGAUUUUGCACUGGGCGGGGCAAGAAAAAACAUCAGAAUUGAUUUAAAUUUUAUCAAGUCAACUAUGUCGUUUUUUGGGCCGAAUUCUAUAGAAUUUAUAGCAAAUUGUCAAAAAAUCGCAGAACUUCCUGAAUUUAAUGUAAUUCAAGCUCUUGUUGAAGUUCCUUAUUACUUUAAGCUUGAAAAAGAAGACUCACUGCUAGAAAUAUUAGCAGAAUCUAUUAUAAAUGGCAUAAAAAAUCAGCCGGACAGUGCUUAUGAUAUUUUAAAGGCAUCAAUUUUUAUUCUGGAAGAACUGCUGUGCUUGCCUAUGACAUUGCAAUAUUUUCAAUUAAUUGGACAAUGCAACACUCAUUUUAACAAUGAGUUUAUAAUGCUACUAGGAAAGCACCCAAUGCUUGUAAACUGUUUAACUUGUUCUCAAGCCUUAUGUGUCAGCUGCUCGAAUUCUCCUAAACAUAUUGAUCAUAAGAAAAAUUACUUAUUAUACCAAAGUCCUCAUAGUCGUUGCAACUGUGAAGAAAUCCAUGAUUUCGCUCCAAAUGACAUUUCUCAAUUUAAGCUACCUACCUAUUAUAGUGGUAUCCAAUUUAUUGACUCAAAAGGAACCUUAUAUGAAGAAAAAAAAGAAAAUAUUUUCUAUGCAGAUUCUGAGCUAACAAUUAUGACAACAAAACCUUUAAUUAUAAGAAAUGAACUAGAAAUAGGGACAGUGUCGUAUUUUGAAAUAAGGGUCCAUAAAGCGGGAAAAUAUGAAAAUAUUUCUAUUGGAUUUGAAGGGUUAGAUGUAUUUUACUGUGGGAAAAAUGGAAAUGUUACAAUAAAAGAUAAGCCUGUCAUGAAAGGGCCUAGAUAUGGAUCGUGGGAUACUGUAGGGAUUGGGAUGACUCAUCAAAAUAAAAUUUAUAUUACGUAUAACGGCUUAAUUAUUCCUGAGUUUAUUGAUGUCCAGCCUGUGCAUCAAAUUUUUGCAAAAGUUUCUAUAAAAAAUGGAGCUCAGAUUGAAUUAAAGGUAAGAAACUGGAUGUUUAAACCUGAUGAAAAUAUUUCGCCUAGCAGGCUAUAUUCAGAUCAAUUAGUAAACAAGUCAAAGCACGUGUUGGAAAUUAUAACGAACCAAGUUAGAAAAGCCUGCAAGGGAAAUUCUAACUCCUCUCCACCUUUUUUACUCCCCCUCUGUCUGUCAGCGAGCAAAACCAUAGAAAAAAUCCCUAUUUUUGGGUAAAAAUCUAGCUAAUUCUGUUGAAUUUAUAUAGCUUACAUUUGAAAACAUAUUUACAAAUUAAAUUAAUGGGAUUAUUUUUAUAAAUUUCGAAAAAAAUUUACUAUAAAUUUUUGAUAAAAAUUAACCCCUCUAUGAGCGAAAAUGUUUUUAUUCGGGGAGAUUUAAUGGGCAAAAUUAUUAGAGAAUUUUUUUAGGAAAUUAAGAAGUAGCAAGGUUUUAUAUAAAAUAUUUCUAUAUAUCAUUAUUUUGAUUAUUAAUAAAUCUCUAACGAAUUCUAUUAAACUUUAAAUAGCUAAAACCUAAAUCUAAUGGAUUUGAAAAUCUCCCCUUCCUAUAUUUAAAUCUAGCCCAAGUUAUUGACUAUAAAAAUCUUGCUUAUCACUAAAGUGGAAGGAGUAAGGAUAAAAUGAACAUCGGCUUGAGAGAGAGGCUGCUAAAACUACUCGACAGUUUGAAUUUAAUUGACCUAAAACAAAAAGCACUUAAAAAAGGGAAAAAAUUCUGGCCUUUUUAG